AUGUUUGGACAACAUUUAUGUCGUGAUAAAAAUUGUAAAAGGUAUAAGAAGGUUUUGAAAUUAUGUGCAUUGGAUAAAGAAUUGACAGAAAUUCAACAGAGUAAUCUUCAAACUAUUGGAGAAAAUGGUAAUACAUUAAGUGGUGGACAAAAGCAAAGAAUUUGUUUAGCUCGAGCCAUAUAUUCAGGAGCAAAUGUUGUUGCACUAGACGACCCAUUUUCUGCUUUGGAUGAACAAGUCUCCCAACAAGUUUUUGAUUCGACGAUACAGAACUAUUUAUUAAGAAAAAAUAUAACUGUAGUAAUGGCAACUAAUAAAUUAAAAUUGCUACAAUAUGCUGAUCAGAUUAUAGCAUUAGAAGAUAAUAAGAUUCGUGCAGUAGGAUCCUUGAAGGAGUUAGAAGUGAUAGAUCCAAUUUUAACAAAAUCUUGGAAAAAUUCAUUAUCAAAUGAAAAGUCUGAAAAUACAAGAACUGCUAAAGAUCGAUGGCGUCUGUGCAGAAUGGUGACUUCAGCUAGUUUUCAUUUUAACAAGAAAACUAAUUUAAUAUCGAAUACGAGACCAGAGUUUACACCACCGAGAAGUACUCGCUCCAGUAUCGCAUAUGAUCCAUGUUUAAGUUUUGAUUUACCUUUACUUUGGAACGAAUUAACUGAAAGCAAUGAUGGUUUACUAACGAGAAAUUCAUCAAUACGCAGUUGUUAUUCUCACAAGCCUACAGCUCGAGCAAUAUCCUUGCAAAGUCAAAGACAUAGAAAUUCGAGGAUAUUUAGGAAUAAUUUUGGUAAUUUACCAAAUAUGGAAGAAAUAUCCGAAAAACCUAAUGGGCAUGAAGAUAUAAGAUCUAAAAGGCAUACAAUCGAUUCACCUCAUGCAAGUAACAUACUUCGUCAAAUUUUAUCGAAAACUCAAAAUGUGAAUAAAACUCUGAGCGAUAAUAAAAGUGGAGAACAGAGAAAUAUCUUUAGAAGGCUGGCAGAUCGAUUAUCUUUCAGACGAUCGAACAGGAGCAAAGAAAUUAAUCGGCACAAAAUAAUUUCUCGAUUAAUGUCUGAUGCAUCUGAUAUAACAGUCGAUUUAAACGACCUAGCUUCUUGUGAAACACAUCAGAUAUCAUCAUUAAGUGAAUAUAACUACAACCAGAGAACGGCAGAAAAUCAGGAGAGAAUUUAUGGAACAAUUCCUUUGAAUAUUUAUCUAUAUUAUAUAAAAUGCUGUGGUAUAAAAAUAUGCACUUUGUAUAUAUUCCUAGCGUUUCUGUGGCAAGGAUUAAGAUUAUUUGCUGAUAUGUCCUUAGGAAACUGGAGCAGAGAAAAUAUGGAAUCAUAUGAAGGAUUUGAUCAAAGUCACGAGAAAGCAUUCUCACUUCUAUCAACAUACUGUUACCAAUCAGCAAUAUGUGCCCUGGUGUCAUUGCUGUGUGCAUUUUCUGGACAAUGGGCCGGAUUGGUGGCCCGUAGUAAUAUUCACGAGUAUUUAACGACGGCCGUACUUAAAGAUAACAAUAUUUAUGGUGAAAUCGGAAGCACAAUUAAUAGAUUCUCCACCGACAUGAGUGUCAUAGAUAAGAAAUUAUGUUCGUCUAUACAACGUCUGGUACAAUUCCUGCUGCUUUGUUUAUGUGCCAUAUUAGUUAACUGUAUAGUGUCAUUAUGGUUUUUAGUUGUAACAAUAUUUAUUGGCACUGCUUAUUACGCCGUGCAGAAAUUCUAUAGAAGAUCUUCCAGAGAAUUGCAGAGACUGGAAAGUUUAUCCAGAUCGCCCAUUUUCACUUUAUUCAGUGAUACAUGCAGAGGAGCACAGACUAUAAGAAUAUAUUCGAAAUCUAAAGAAUUUUCAAGACUUAUGUUUCUCAAACUUGAUGACAAUACAAAUUCACAAUUACUUUUGGACACUAGUGCUAGAUGGCUGGGUGUUGCCCUGGAUUGCUUAGGAGGUUUCAUAGUUUUCGCAUCUGCCUUGACUGCCCUAUAUUUUACCGAAAGUGAAAAUUCUUCGAUAGCUGGCUUUGCUCUAAAUAGCACUUUGCUGGCGCCAAUGUAUUUGAAUUGGGUAGUAAGAUUUAUUUCCGAAGUGGAAAUUAGUGCAAAUGCUGUACACAGGAUUAAAAUUUACUGCGAUGAUGCAGAGGAAGAUAUUGAAUAUGAUCCGAAAAGUCAACUGAAGAAAAUUCAGGACGAUAUUCCGGAAGAAAAUUUUGAUAAGAAAAACUCAGCUUCAAAGAUAUAUUUAGAAGAAAAUGACAAAAUAUAUGAUGGGGAUGUUGUUCAAUUAAGAAAGAACUCAAAUGUAGAAGGUUCUUUGUAUCAAAUCAUAUUCAACAAAGUAACUCUGCAUCACCAUCUACAGUCUAAUGCAGUAAUAACAAAUCUGAAUCUGGUCAUAGCACCUGGGGAAAAGUUGGCAGUGUGUGGACGUACAGCUAGUGGAAAAUCUAGUCUAUUUUUAUCAUUAUUUGGGCUGAUGAAAAUAACCCAAGGAGCUAUUAUGUUAGGCAAUGUAAACCUAACAAAUUUAGAUAAACAAAAGUUUACUGAAAUUCGAGAUAAAUUGUGCUGUGUAUCACAGGAAGGUGCCUUGUUUUCUGGCAGUUUUCGGCAUAAUUUAGAUCCAAAAGGUGAAUAUACAGAUGAACAAAUAUGGGGUUGUUUAGAAUUAGUAAAAAUGAAAAACUUUAUAGAAGAAUUUCCUGGCGGUUUAGAUAAUGAAAUAUCAACAGAAGGUGGAUCUUUAAGUCAUGGCCAGAGGCAAUUAAUAUGUCUAGCCAGAGUAGCCUUAAAAGCAAAAUGGAAAUCUACAUAUCCUAUUAUAUUAGAUGAAUGUACAAGUGCAGUGGAUCCCCAAACUGAAAAAAUUGUUUUAAAAGAUUUCUGGAAAACUUUCCACGAUAGAACAAUCAUUUGCAUAGCUCAUCGUCUGUCUGUUAUAAUGGAUUUCGAUAGAGUUAUCGUUCUGGAAAACGGCAAAAUUAUUGAAAAUGAUCGUCCAGAAGUGCUUCGUCAUUCACAGAAUGGAAAAUUUGCAGCAAUGUUGAAAACUUCGGAAAUGUAA